AUGCAACCCGCAAGAGUCAAGAGGCAGAAGGUGAGCCUCGCAUGCCAACCGUGCCGCCUCCGGAAGACAAAGUGUGAUGGCCGUGGACCUGUGUGCCAACCUUGCCAGAAGAAGGCGGGAACUGGCCUGAGAUGUACCUGGAAAACCAGUACGGCGGCUUCGCUUCCGACUUCAUCUACAGGUACAGAACAACGUCAAAGCGCCGAUCGACGGGCUCCGCUUUCACACCCGGCCGCUUCCCUCGAGGGUCUCUGGCCACAUGCAGCUUCCGCUCCUCGAGAGUCGCCUUCCGACCAGAUACCGCCCGUCAUCUAUCAAUCGACUCUGUCUCCCUCGUCUCACUCACCUCUUGCGCCUAAUAUACAACCGGGGGACGCUGGCGUGCGUAGUUCUGUAAGACUACACGAAGGCCAGGAUGCCGCAUUGGGACCGCAACAUGUGUCUCCUUCGGAACAGUCCGUCCACGCCAUUAUCGGCGCCGCUUUGGAAGAAGACAGUGGAGCAGGUUUCUUUGGAAGCUCCAGCGCUGGAACGUUUAUGCAAAGCGUGAAAAGGAUGAUUCAGCAAAAGGUCAGUGGCGCCACACAACCGGAGCGACAGUCCUUGACCCCAAAUCCACAACUGCAACAUCUACCUGCCUCCGGCAAUGCCUCAACCACACAGAAACAGUUUGACUAUGUCCUGCCCUCUCGACGCAGGGCAGACAUUCUGAUGUCUGUCUAUUGGAAAUACGUCCACGUCCUUUACCCAUACCUGGACAAACCCCGCGUUCAAGAAGAUUACGAGAAGCUCUGGAAAGGGGAUGCUGGGCCGAUCGAUGAUGAGCGGUCUUACCUGUGCUUAUUAAAUACGAUGUUUGCCCUUGCCAGUCAGUUGGAUGAGUCAACCUCGAUCGAAGAGCGAGAGCAGCUUGCCCACACCUAUUACACCAGGGCGCGAGGUCUACUGGAUAUUGUGGACGGCGGAUCAGUUCGCUCGGUACAAUCUUUUUUGCUUCUUGCACAAUACUUCCAGAGUACUAAUGAACCCCAUCCGUGUUGGAUGUUUGUUGGACUUGGGAUACGCACCGCACAAAGCCUGGGGCUUCAUUUACCGGAGACCAGCGAACGUGCCCCUGAUAUCCGAACGCGAGAGCUUCUGCGCAAAGUCUGGCAUGGGUGUAUUCUUAUGGAUAGAGUUAUCUGCAUGACAUAUGGUCGGCCUUGCAUGAUAGGUCCGAAGGCGGCGGUCACGGUGCCCCUUCCCCUCGCGAUCGAGGAGGAAGAUCUUAUGCGCAGCCCUCCCCAGGAACAAGCAGCCGGUUCGCAGCGAUCAUCGGCGGUCGAAUUCUACGUCCACUCGCUUAAAUUGUACACAAUUUUGCACGACGUGUUGUUCAACUUCUACUCCGUCAACUUCAAACAGACUCGUCCCCUUGACGCCGACAAAUAUUUCGGUUCCUUGAGCGAAGGACAAUCCUCGGUAUUUGAGAUUGAGCACCGACUGUUCGGAUGGGAAAACAGCAUUCCCGACCAUUUGAAGAUGGAUCCAAGGCCCCAAGUUGAAGUGAGAGGCGCCCAGCUGUAUCGCCAAGCCGUCAUCUUGCACCAAAGGCAGCUACAUGUGCGUUUGUUGCUCUUGAGACCUGUCCUGUCGAGUUUCAUAACCACAGAAUUCUACAACGGAGACCGGUCUGUUCCCUUGGCCAGCGCACUCUCCCAUAGAGUCUUUCUUCAGUGUGCGAUUGUGUGUGUCCGCGUCGCACUCGAAGCCAUCCACAUCAUCUAUCGAGAAAGAGGGCGCAACGCCGGGGAUAGUGGAAGUCUAGCAGCAUGGUGGUACAACGUCCUUUACUUGUAUACGUCGGCAACGGUACUCAUUGCUGCUCGCCUCUGCCCUGCCAUCUUCGCCGAUGUCUCGGAGGAAUCGAUUCUCGACGGCUGGCGCAAGGCCAUGGAAAUUCUCGACUGGUACAGCCCCUUUGGCACCUCCAUUAAGCGUCUCACUACGACCCUGCGUCUUCUCUCCGACGCCGUUCCCCAACAGUACUCUCGCUUCAAAGGCAACUCUCAACAGUCUCAACCGAACACCUCGUCCGCUGCUCAGAAUAUCGGCCAACGCUCACCUUCAAUGUCAUCUUGGCGCCCACCUGAGCCAGUGGACAACAUCGAAGUACCCGUGGCUGACACGGCGGGGGCCGCUCCACAAGAUGACCUUUACUUGUUCUCCAACGAACCUUUCCUCGACUUUGACUCGGUGUUUGAUCCCAACGAUCUUUCCUGGCUUAUGACUAUUCCACUGGACAGUUGA